AUGAGCCAUCUUGCCAAUUAUGUUUCUUCUGAAUCGUCAGAUGAGUCUGGCUCAGAGAAUAAUUCAAUUACCAAUUCCCCAAAGAUACAUAAUCGCUCGCCGUCUGUCAAAGUGAUUGAUGACAGUGUGAACAUCAACCAUGAUAAUAUCCUCGGAUUCGUACAUCCUUAUACAAAACAAGACUUAUCGUCGAUAUCGGUAUUGCCACCAGAAAUCCUCGUAUUGGUGUUCUCAUUCUUUAAGGAGAAGGCAGACUUGGCCCUUCUUUUGCCAGUCUGUAAAUACUGGGCUCAAUUAUUGGUGGAAUUAAUUUGGUUUAGACCAAAACUACAAUCCAAAAAAGCAUACCAAAACAUUCAAGGAAUCCUUGACCUUGAUCUGUCGACGACCUUUUUCGAUUAUCGUAUAUAUAUUCGCCGUUUGAAUGUGUGUUUUAUCUCAAGCUUUGCCGACGAUGAAUUCUUAUCAAAGUUUCAACACUGUCCAAAUUUGGAACGUCUCACCUUGGUUAACUGUUCAAAACUCACCAGUGCCUCAAUCGCAAAAGUAUUGAAGAACUGCUCGAAACUUCAAUCUAUAGAUAUGUCAGGAGUGAAAAGUAUUAACGAUGAAAUAUUCAACGCUUUAGCUACAAAUUGUCCACGCUUACAAGGGGUUUAUGCGCCGGAUUCUGGAAAAGUUUCCAAAGCAUCGAUAAUAAAUUUGUUCAAACAAUGUCCAUAUUUGAAAAGAAUUAAAUUGACGAAAAGUGAAAAUGUUACUGAUGAUGCCAUCAACGAAUUAGCUAAAAAUUUUAAAUACGUGGUUGAAAUUGAUCUACAUGGAUGCCCAAAUGUUACAGAUAUAUCUUUGUCAAAUGUUUUUCAAAACUUGGAACAACUCAGGGAAUUCAGAAUCUCUCAAAACAGAAAUAUUUCUGAUCAAAUAUUUAAGCCAUUGCCAGAUAUUCAAUUCUUGAAUCGUUUAAGAAUUUUGGAUUUUACUGACUGCUCUUAUAUUACCGACCGCUCCAUUGAAAAAAUCGUGAAAUGUGCUCCAAGACUAAGAAACGUGGUAUUGUCUAAGUGUCUAAAUAUCACUGAUGCUUCGUUGCGAUCAUUAGCAUUAUUAAACAAAUCGCUCCAUUACCUUCAUUUAGGUCACUGUUCCAACAUAACUGAUUAUGGGGUCAAAUUGUUAGUUUCAAGCUGUCACAGGUUACAGUACAUUGAUCUAGCAUGUUGUACCCAAUUGACCAAUGCAUCGGUUGUGGAAUUAGCCAAUUUACCAAGGUUAAAAAGAAUUGGGUUGGUCAAGUGUGGUCACAUAACUGAUCAAGGCAUCACUCAAUUAGUUCAACAAAGAGGCCCUGGUGAUACUUUAGAACGAGUACAUUUAUCAUACUGUACCCAAUUAUCAACCCAUCCAAUAUAUCUACUAUUGACUUUUUGCCCUAAACUAACACAUUUAUCGUUGACAGGCAUUCUGUCAUUUUUGAGACCUGAUUUCAAGAGAUUUUGCCGCGCCCCACCAGAAGAGUAUACACCACAACAAAGGUCCUUGUUCUGUGUUUUCAGUGGCAGUGGUGUGAAGAAACUUCGUGAUCACUUAACUAGUAUUUAUGCAGCUGAAGAAAGUUUGCAAUAUAACACAGCACUUCAAAUACCUUCUUCAGCACCGAACCAAACUUCUGAGAUGUUGCGUCAAGACCAACUCAAUCGUCAAAUUUUAUUUCAACAAAGACAGCAAAGACAACUUCAGCAGCAGCUGGAACAGCAGCAGCAACAAUUUGAAAGAAUAUUAAACAAUGCGGUAACAAAUCAUAUUGUAUUUACCCCAAUUGCCGGAACAGUGCAACAACAGCAGCAGCAACAACAACAACAACAACAACAACAACAACAACAACAACAACAACAACAACAACAACAACAACAACAACAGCAGCAACAACAACAACAGCAACAUCAACAACAGCAGCAGCAGCAACAGCAAAAUUCAGGCACAGACUCUUUAAUUGCAGGAACUCCUCAAGAUAAUGGAAGGCAAAGAUUUGCCCCAUUUCAAUGGAGUAAUAUUUAUUCUCAGCAAGGGCUUCCAGCGCCAGAAUCCCUUUUUUUCAGCGAAAGAGGAGAUUCAGUAAGACCGCAACAACAACCACAGCAACAAGUGAGAGAAAACACAAUGAACAACGUUAACGGAUCCGUGGCAGCAGCAGCAGCAGUGUUCACCAAUAUGGCGAUUCCAAAUAACGAGAACAACAGUUUUGGCAGAUUUCCGCCUGACACUAUUAAUGAAGAUAAUUGA